AUGGAGCGGGACGAACAGAUCACGUUCUACACCUCUGCGUACUCUCCCUACUGCCAUCGCGUCGCAAUCGCCCUCGCAGAAGCCGGGCUCGAAGUGACGAAGUGCGAGAUCAACCUCCAACCGGGCUCGAAGCAGCCGUGGUUCACGAAGGUGAACCCGCUCGGGACUGUCCCCGCGUUCACAAUCGGGGGUGCCCCCGCUGCGCCUGAAGACCCUUCGCCGGACGCUCGGCGCCUAUGGGAGUCUUCAGUGCUGCUCGAGCUCAUCGCCGAGCUCCGCCCACGCGCGGGGCUGCUCCCUGGGGACGCCGGCGCGCGCGGUGCGGUGCGGCUCUUCGUCGCGCGCGCGCACGACACCCUGCACGGCGCGUUCCGGCAGUUCUUCUUCGCGCCGACCGGGCGCGCGCACGCGUUCGCGGCGGGGCUCGAGGCGUUCCAGGCGCUGCUCGCGCCGCGCGGGUACGCGCUCGGCGCGUGGUCGCUCGCGGACGUCGCGGUCGCGCCGUUCGUCGUGCGCACGGCGGUGCUCGCCGAGCACGAGGAGAUCGGCAAGUACCCGCGCGGGGAGGGCGCGAAGCUGCUCGCGGCGCUCGCGGAGCCGCGAUUCGCGCGCUUCCGGGCGUACUGCGCGCUGCUGCUCGCGCGGCCGAGCGUGCGGGAUACGUUUGACAGGGAACUGAACGUGAAGAUGUGGAGGAUCCAUCCGAACGUGGGGCGCAAUACGCCGCACCCGUCGCACGCGAGCCACUAG